AUGGAGUUAGCCGCCUCAAUAACGCACAAUUCAGAGCCAACAGAAGCAAACGCCGUCAACACACAAGCAGAAGGGGGAACGGAAGCAGUAACGGAGGCAGGACAAUCACAAGGACAAGCGAAGUGGCCGGGAUGGCCUGGAGAUAAUGUGUUUAGGUUAAUAGUGCCGGUUUCAAAAGUAGGAAGUAUAAUUGGACGGAAAGGAGAGUUGGUGAAGAAAAUGUGUGAUGAAACACGUGCGCGUAUUCGUAUUCUUGAAGGUCCUCUUGGUAUUUCUGAUCGAAUUGUUCUUAUUUCUGGCAAAGAAGAGCCAGAAGCUCCACUAUCUCCCGCAAUGGAUGCUGUACUGAGAGUGUUCAAGCGCGUGAGUGGUCUAUCUCCUGGUGAGGGUGACAACACAGUUUCAGCUGCUGUUGCUACUGGCUCUGCAUUUUGUUCCAUGAGGUUACUGGUUGCAUCUUCACAGGCAAUUAACUUAAUUGGGAAGCAAGGAUCCAUAAUCAAAUCAAUACAGGAAAACACUGGUGCAGCUGUGCGUGUUAUGGCAGAAGAUGAGUUACCCUCAUAUGCUACUUCAGAUGAGAGAAUUGUGGAAAUACAUGGUGAAGCUGAGAAAGUUUUUAAAGCAUUAGAAGCAGUAAUAGGACAACUACGGAAGUUUUUAGUUGAUCAUAGUGUCAUUCCUUUAUUCGAGAAAAAUUACAAUGCAGCAAUUUCACAGGAACGCCCUGCAGAUGCCCAGGCUGAUAUUGCUCAGUCCUCUCUACAUUCUGCUCCUGCUCCUGCAUUUCAAAGUGGUUAUGUUUCUGAUUAUUCCCUGUCUUUGAAGCGGGAUCCGUCAAUAUAUGAACAUGAAACACAAUUUGAACACAAAAUCUCACAACCUGGAUUGUCACUUUACGGACAAGAUCCUGGAUUUGGAGGUUUACGUUCAACAGGACUUGGCCGUGCUAGUGCUCCUAUAGUAACUCAGGUGACACAGACAAUGCAAGUACCUCUGUCAUACGCUGAGGAUAUCAUUGGCGUUGCUGGAUCUAAUAUUGCCUACAUUCGUCGUACCAGCGGGGCAAUCCUUUCAAUACAAGAGAGCAGAGGUUUGCCUGAUGAGAUCACUGUGGAAAUCAAGGGCACUGGUUCUCAGGUUCAGAUGGCUCAACAGCUUAUUCAGGAGUUCAUUAGUAAUCACAAGGAACCACCAAGCAUGUUUGGGAAGAUAGAUACGGGAUUGAGUGCAUAUUCACAAAUGGCAGAAACCGGUUACCACCCUUCAUCUUCAUUUACAUCACAUCUAGGAGGAUAUGGAUCCUCGAGUAUAGGAGGGUAUGGAUCGCCUGGUGCAGGAGGUUACAACAGUUAUAGAUUUUGA